ACUGUGAGUCAUUGCCUGUGCAGCAGUACACACAGGCUUUAUCUGUACAUGCAGUACCAGAACAUCGGGCAAAAAAGAAAGAAGAAAACAAAAACACGGUCUGCCUACGUGAACCUCUUUUCCUUAGAACGUGAACACUCAGCCACUGGCUUUUCCUUUUGUUUAUCCUGCCUCAAAAUGAAGUUUCCUCAGGCGUUUUAACCAGCGUGUAUUUCCUCGCCUUUUUUUUUCAGGGUGGGCGCACACAAUCCUCCGAGAUCUGUGCUUGUUGGUCACUCUACACAGGCAGCAGGCAAAUAUUGUUUCACUUUUCAGAUUGGAAACUCUGGAUGCUGCAAGAUUUCGCAAACAAACAAAAAAACGUCUCUUUAAUUUAAAUGUGUGUGCUAAUGUUUUAAAAGCUUGAGUCAUGCGAGUAUCCCUUUGGAAAUACAAGCCGUCUUGAAAAAAAACAAAACAUCUCAUACAGAAAUUACACGCCGUUUCUUUCUGUAUGACUGCUGGUGAAAAUACAUCAACCUGUUGUUACUGCUGUGGUAGAUUUAAGCACUGCAUUGCUGAGCUACUUUUCUGCAGGGAACCAAAGGAGCAAUUAUGCAAAAAGUUGGACCAAACUUUUGAGGCCAAUCACUGCGGUAACAAAUACUUAUCAAGGUUAAAGAAGUUGAAGAAUUUUAAAGAAGUCCAUUUGGGAUUUACUAUUUAAAGUGGUUGCCAUCGAAAAUAAUAUCAACGUUCCCAAUGCAAUUAUCAGUGCUUUUAGUAAUAGUUCUUGCGAACUAUUGCCAUCAAGGCAUUGAAGCCCAAGGCGGAUCUAUAAAAUCUUUACGAUCUUCAAACAUAAGGCGAGAAGACAGCAAUCACCUCACAGACUUAUACCGGAAAGAAGAUACCAUCAUAGUCUCGGAGAAUGGCUACAUCCAGAGUCCUCGCUUUCCCAAUAGCUACCCAAGAAACCUUCUACUGACAUGGAAAUUGUUCUCUCCGGAAAACACUCGGAUACAGCUUGACUUUGACAGCCACUUUGGCCUUGAAGAGCCGGAAAAUGAAAUCUGUCGAUAUGACUUUGUGGAGGUAGAGGAUGUAUCUGAAACCAGCACAGUUAUCAGGGGGAGAUGGUGUGGACACAAAGAACUUCCUCCUAGAAUCACUUCAAAAACUAACAAGAUAAAAAUCACCUUUAAAUCUGAUGACUAUUUUGUUGCCAAACCCGGAUUUAAAUUGCAUUACUCUCUUGUGGAUGACUUGCCUGCAGCAUCAGAAACUAAUUGGGAGGCAGUCACUGUCUCAGUCUCAGGACCAGCUGUGUUUUCUUCUUCAGUAACUGAGUCUCCUCUGACUGCUGCUGCUUUGGACCAGACGAUCGCUGCCUUUGAUACAGUGGAGGAUCUACUAAAACAUCUCAACCCAGAGAGCUGGCAGGAAGACCUGGAUAGUCUUUACAGUGACACAGCGCAUCUUAGACCCAGAAGCUUUCACCACGAACGAAAACAGAAAAUUGAUUUGGACAGGCUGAACGAAGAUGUGAAACGCUACAGCUGCACGCCUCGGAAUUACUCUGUAAAUUUAAGGGAGGAGCUGAAGUUGACAAACGCUGUUUUCUUUCCACGUUGCCUCCUGGUACAGCGAUGCGGCGGAAACUGCGCCUGUGGCACAGAGCAUUGGAGGACAUGCACCUGCACAGCAGCUAAAACAGCCAUGAAGCUUUACGAGGUGCUGAAAUUUGCUCCAGAACCAGGUUAUUUCAGGAGAAGGAGCCGAACUAAGAGCAUGACGCUGGCUGAAAUUCACCUGGAACACCACGAGCAAUGCGAUUGUGUUUGCAACACCAAACCACCGCGAUGAAAGCACAAGCAAUGAGAAAUCUAUGUGACAUUUAACCUCUUCAGAUGGCCUUAUUUACCCCUGGCAAACAGACUUUGCUAUUGCGCUGCAUUGCAAAUGAGUACACAACUUGCUGUGCUUGAGUUAAACCUUUUGUUAAACUUGCAUUGUCUCGGCUGAAUGUUUUCUUUAAUAUCCUUCUAUGUAUUUGUAGCAAGAAUGUAGGAUAUUUAAGUCCCCCUGUUUUGCAAGACAAUCAAUGAAGCCAGUUCAACUGGUAUUCAUUUUUAAAAUGAGAUAAUGACCCCCAAAUUCUCCUCACUCAGAAAGUGAUCCCAGGACUGUUAAUGAGCAUAUGACAAAAUAUAUUAUUAUUUAUUUUAUAUACUUUUUUUUUCAUUGUAAAAUAAAAUAAAUAAUAAUUGUGUCUAUAUUUGCGUACUCUGCAGUGGGAAGUUUUAAACGUGAUUUUAUAGUAGAAGAAUAGUGUUUAGGGUGGUGUUACAACAUAAUGAUAAUGCCAUAAUAUUUUUAUUGUCCCUUCAGUUGCUGGCAUUACUUUACGUAACAGCCCCCGUAUUAACCAACCAUAUACAUUAUCGGAUUUGAUGAUGUGGGUAGGAAAGUAACUGACCUAUUGUAUUUAACGUGAGCAUUCUGUUUUCUAUUACGUUUCUAGCAGGUGGUGUUGGUUCUGGUUAGUUCAGAGUGUAACUAUGAAGUAAAGUGGUUUGGUCACGUGGGUAAAAGAAAAAAAGAAAGCCGCUGACAGCUAUGUUUUGAAUCAUCGGAUUAGUCGGUUUUAUCUGCACUUCUAACAGCAUAUCACCCCCAAAUACCAGGUGAUUGAGACAGAAAGGACUGGGCCACCAACACUGCCAUGAACUCUUGGCUGUCCUUGAAGGUUCCCGCCAACCAAGUACCAACCUUGCAUAGGUCAAACAGAAUCAGCAUCCAUGGAGGCAAGACUGUGGUACUUUAUUGGACUGGGGUGGAAGGUACUAGCUAUGGGGGGGGGGAAUUUAGCCACAGACCAAGCAGCCUAGCAUAUCUCUAGUUAUACUACUGCAAAUAGCUGAUUAUUUCAUUAAGGGUUCCCAUUUGUAUGCAGUUUAUAUAGGGAAAUGAGUCUAAGCUCUCUAAUAACACUCUGGAGCUUGUAUCUUAAUCAGCAACACAUAUCAAAAUAGUGUAAUAAACUGUUUAACACAGGGUUAAGUCUUAAGCAAACACAUGGUGAAAGUGGAUUCAGUAAAUAAAGUUGGAAUACCAAAUGGAAUCCUUCACAAUUCAUUGUGUGCCUUAAAUGACCUUGAGGUAGUAAACAUCAAAGCAGAAUUAUAUUAACAGUGGGUGCAGUGGCACUGGUGCACUGUGGGUAUUUUUACAUAGCUGUGUAUUUUAGUCUCUGGUUUAUUGUUGAAACAUAGAUCUGCAAAACUUAACAUAAUGUGAGCAUUUUGAAGUUGUAGGUGGUUUAAUAAUAUUAUAGGCUGAAUUUAAAGCAUCAUCAAGCACAUUAUUGUGGUUAAACAAUGUGCAUGUUAUGUCAUUUAAAUUUGAACUGCCAAGAAUGCUGUUAUUAGUUGUGUAUGUAAAGAUUUCCUAAUGACGCCUUAUUGAGGUUUUCAGUUAUUUGUCCUUAGACCACAGAUGUUUAUGGAGCCAGUCUGCGUACAGUUUAACACCGGGUGGGCAGAAAAUGGGACCAGGCAUGUUAAUUUAGAAAAUAUUCUAAAAGCUUUUAUUUCUGCAUCAAAUUCUACUGUAUUUCAUCCAAAAAGGGAUUAUUCCCAGUACCACAGAAUUAUGAAGCAGCUGCUUUAGGUAUCAAAUGAAUCGAUCAAAUUACAGCUUCCAUACACUUUUUAAAUGAAAAGUCCACAUAUUUGAGUAGCUUAUGUCAUAUUUGGACUGGCCUGCCUUGCAAACACAGUAAUUGUUCAAAUUGUUCCAGAUAUAACACAUUUGUUUUACAUUACUGCCUGGAAAGGCAUCAUUAAUGAAUACAGAAACUCAAACUAUGGCAAUUUAGCUAUUUAGGUUGCAUUAAAUGCAGCUAAACAGGAUAAUCAUAUAUACACAUUUGGAAAGCUAGUACAUGUAGCUUAUUUUGGCAAUAAAAUGUGUGCUGUGUAAAUCCAUGAUUAUGAUAAACUGGAAGUGCAUUUUUAACAUACUUAAAACAAAAAUGCCCUUGUGUUUUUCAUGAAACAAUGUCAGGAAAUGAGUCCCGUGCACCAUGGUUUAAUAGUUGUGUGAUAUUUUUAUUAUUUCUGAAGUUCAGUAUAAAUAUUCUAACAAAAAUAUGCAGAAACUUCUUUUCAGCACAUACAUUUGAUCUAACUUUUUGUUUUUCUGUCUAAAUAUUAUUUAAUUUGUUGUGUACAGUUUAACACGCAACUGUCUACUUUGAAAUAACAUUGCUUUCCAUUUAAUAGGAACAUUCAACUUGAUGAAAGUGGGGUAAUUUACAGUAUUUAUUCGGCUUUUGUGUUGAUUUAUCCACAGCACGGAUCUCCCUUUGUGCCAGUGUAACCAGAGGUCUUUUGUGACAGAACCAAUUCAUUUCUGAAUGUUUUAAUUCUGUCAGUCUCGCUUAUAACCAGAAGGGUUUUUUGUACUAUAUUUAAUGAGUUACAGUAAUGACAGUCCCUGCUGAAUCUCCAUUAAUCAAAGAGAAGGCUGUAACAUGUUUAGUAGCUUCAGUUUUCAAGGCUUUACUUCGUCAGUCCAAAUCAUUUGUGUUGACGUUGGCUCCAAAUUCUGGCAAAAUAGGUUUGCCUUCUUUUGUUAUUAAAAAAAAUAAAAAUAAAACAGCCAAUACAGGAAAUACAAUGAGAAGCCUAACGAGCUGAGCUCAUUGAGCAUGUAUCACCAUAAGCUGUGUUCACUGUCUUGUUUAUUUUGUAGCAUUCAUUUUAGUAGUAUUUAAUUAACAAUAAAUAAUUUAAGUUGUAGCUUUUAUUUGAAUAAUUACAGUAUUUUGGUAAUGGGUGGUGUUUCCACUACUUACUGUAUAAAGUUAACAAUUUGAGAGGGAUUUUAAAGCUUCGUUGUAAAACCCAGGCUUUUAAAAUAUCUUUGUCUGUCCAAAUCUCUGUACAUUUUCACAUUUCAACUUUUGUUCUUGUAUUUGUAAUUAGUGCCCUUUGUUAUGAUUGAAUGUAAAGAUUGCUUAAGAAAGGGAAUAAGUUCAGGAUUAUUUUUUGUUACAAAAAUGCAAUAAAACCAGUAUAUCA